AUGUUCGCCUCCCGACUGGCGAAAGCCGGGGCAGUAGUGGGGCUGUCGGCUGCCGCCGUCCUCACCCUCGAUGUCACAAAUGAAAGACGCUUCAGACGUCAGAUGAAACAAUACUUCCGUACUGCACAUGCGGAUAAGUUGGCCGAUUUAAAUAAGCGACCAUCGACUGCACUACCGUCUAGGAAGGAAAUUAUCGAGUCUUUAAAGACUAACGAAGAGUUCGACGUGCUCAUUAUUGGUGGUGGCGCCACAGGCGCCGGUGUUGCUCUCGACGCACAAACUAGAGGGUUGAAAACAGCACUGGUAGAGUUGGACGACUUCUCCUCUGGAACAUCUUCGCGAAGUACAAAGUUGAUUCAUGGAGGUGUUCGGUACCUGCAGGCUGCUAUUAUGAAAGCGGAUUUUGAGCAGUAUCGCAUGGUCAAGGAAGCGUUAUUCGAACGUGCUAAUCUGCUUGAAAUAGCUCCACACCUCAGCGCACCUCUACCUAUAAUGCUUCCAGUUUACAAGCUAUGGCAAGUCCCAUAUUAUUGGGCAGGCAUCAAAGCAUAUGAUUUUGUUUCUGGUAAACGCGUUCUAAAGAAUUCGUUUUAUAUUAACAAAACAAAAGCUAUGGAACGAUUUCCAAUGCUUAAGAGUGAUUCGUUGAAAGGUGCGCUGAUUUACUACGAUGGAACCCAUAAUGACGCAAGGAUGAAUCUGGCGAUAGUACUAACCGCAAUUAGACAUGGAGCAAAGUGCGUUAAUCAUACAAAAGUUGAACGAUUGCUGAAAGACGAAGAUGGGAAAGUUGUUGGAGCUCAUGUUAGGGACAUGAUAACUGGCAAUGAAUGGGACAUCAAAGCGAAAAGUAUAGUUAAUGCUACUGGACCUUCCACGGACACUAUUCGUCUCAUGGCCGAUCCACAGACGAAGCCUAUCUGUGCCCCAAGUUCAGGAGUACAUAUCGUUCUACCGGGAUACUACAGCCCGUCUAACACCGGUCUUCUCGAUCCGGACACUUCAGAUGGCCGUGUUAUCUUUUUCUUGCCUUGGGAAAGAAUGACCAUCGCUGGGACUACGGACGCACCAUCGGAAGUCACUCUAUCACCAAUUCCGAAAGACUCGGAUGUAGAAUUCAUUUUACAAGAAAUUCGUGGAUACCUCUCAAAAGAUGUUUCUGUGAGACGUGGUGAUGUGAUGAGUUCAUGGUCGGGACUACGCCCACUUGUCCGAGAUCCAAACAAGAAAGAUACGAAAAGUCUCGCUAGAAAUCAUAUUAUUGAGGUUUCGGAAUCUGGUUUAAUCACAAUCGCAGGAGGAAAGUGGACCACUUACAGGCACAUGGCCGAGGAAACUGUGGACACGUGUGUAAAGGCAAAGAAUCUGGACCCAACAAACGGGUGUAUAACAGCUGGAUUGAUGUUGGAAGGUGGACACGAAUACAAUCCACUGAUGUACAUUCAUCUUGUGCAAGAUUAUGGUCUCGAAGUUGAUGUGGCGCAACACCUUGCGAACACUUACGGUGAUCGUGCUUUUGUUGUGGCGAGAAUGUGCAAAAUGACCGGAAAACGCUGGCCGAUUAUUGGUAACCGUCUUCACCAGGAAUUCCCCUAUCUCGACGCAGAGGUGCGAUACGCUGUUCGUGAGUAUGCAUGUACGGCAGUGGAUGUGAUCGCGAGACGCACAAGACUCGCGUUCCUCAAUACAUAUGCGGCCCAUGAAGUGCUUCCAGAAGUGGUCCGCAUCAUGGCCGAAGAGUUGGGCUGGUCUUCAGCAGAACAACGCAGUCAACUUGAACGCGCUCGUCAAUUCAUUGAUUUAGAGAUGGGUCAACUUGCUAAGCAGAAUGCUGCCAGCAGUGUUUCGCUCAAUCUUACCAGUGAAGAGAUGCAAGCUGCUAAAGAUCGUUUCAACAAGCUGGACAAGGACAAAAAGGGACACAUCACUGUUAACGAUCUCAGACGGCACUUCCGAGAGCACAAUCAGAAGAUUGAUGAACGCGUACUGCAUGAGUUGUUAAAUGAGGUCGAUCUGAACAAAAACGGAGAAAUCGAAAUCGCAGAGUUCUUCCAGCUGUAUUCGGGCUUGAAGGGCGGUCAAAUCAGUGCCAAUCGUUUGGCGGUGUCUGAGUCCCCUUUCUUUGAACUUUGCUAUGAAUGCGAGGAUUCAGAAUUUGCAAGUUUUUCUCGUUACUGA